AGGAAAUAUCCGAUUCAGUAGAACCUAAUCGUUUCUACGUUUAACUGGUCAAGUUUACAGCUUAAAGAAAUGACUGAAAUCAUAUAAGUUUAACCACGGAGUUUGAAAGCGAAUACUAUAAUAAGAACUGAGUAACUUAAAGAUUUUAUAUCAAUAUUAAUUUAAAAAUAUAGUGUUUAAAAUGAGUGAAACAAAGUUAAAGUUACAAAUCGUCUUAAUAGUUUUAAGUAUAGUUUGGAAAGGUCUUCAUGCGGUAGAUGACUCACUGCUGUUCAGCGUGACCCGUCCACCACGUUACUUCGGCAUUCUGCAAGAUCACCGCGGACAGCCGCUCUCCGUGGAAGUCUCCGAGGAGUACAUGGACCAGGACUACAUAGCCACUAACAGGAAGAGGCAUAAGAUGAAUUGGAACAAGAACCCCAUGGACAUCGAAGACUUCGAUGACGAUGAAACAGAAGAAAUCUUCGAUGACAAGGACAAAGAUAUCAAAGUGCCCAACUUGCAGGCUGGUCCAGUGUAGGAGCGUGUAAUAUUUAAGGCCAACAUGAUAGCCUUGUUUUAUUGUAGUAAACAUCUGUUUUAGAUGAUACAAUAACAUCAUUGUUAGUUUUCUGCAGUUAUAUACCUCU